AUGUCAAUAGGCUCCGAUGAAGCGCCCUGCAAGGCACCCAAUUUCUGUUGGCAACUUGUCAGCCGUCGACAAUACGCUAUUAUAGAAGGCAAACUGGCUGGGGAAAAUGGAGCUGCCAUCUUCUACCCCUUGGACAGGCGCCAGCAACCCGUUGCUCUCGUGUACAAAAGAUGGCCGGAGUGGGCGGUGCCAAGCGAAGAAGAUGACAAUGAGGGAAAUGGCGGGUUCAAUCCAAUACUGCCGUCAAAUGUAAAGGUACUUAAUGCAAUCUAUGUUAGUCCAGACCAAGAAAUCAACCAACGACUUAUUUUUGACUCGGAGAUUCGGAGCGUUUACGUCGUCGGUUCGAUGGUUCUCAAACCAACCCCGGAAAGCCAGUUCCUGCUUCAUAGUACAUGGAAUACACAUUUGAAGGAUAUACUCUUCGUGACUGGACGCAUGAACACUACUGUGCUGAAGAUCAUGAUUACGAUGGCAGAUGAAACUUCGGCGACGAUCCCUCUCUUACCCUCACCACUCCCACCACAAUCGGAGCCAAUAUACGUUAGCUGGUCGGUUGACAAUGCCAUUGCUACUGCGGGCAAGCAAACAAAAACCCUGUUUCAAUGCCUCAACGAAUGUCAACGGAAAUAUUACCAAUAUCUCGGUUGA